AUGACCGCCAGAAACACCACGGUUUCAUCUUUCUCUGUGGCCAAGCCUCAUUGCCCACCAGCCACCACGCUCACAUUUCCUCCCCUAUCAUAUGCAUUUCCUCUCAACAGACCUGGGGUCCUGCGUAGAAGACCGAAUUCCUGGGCCCCGUGGGCAGUUGCUUCUGUUGUCACAGCUGUUUUGUUGGCCCUGGCAGUGACUAUUGGUCUUGUUUAUUUUUUGGCAUAUGGUCAGAAGAUUCACUACUAUCAGACCUCCUUCCAGAUCCCAAGUGUUGCAUACGACCCUGAACUGUCUGUGGAACAGUCAAAACGCAGGACUGACCUGAAGGAAGAGGUCAGUGAUGAGAUAGAUGGAAUAUUUCUAAGAUCCAGUUUAAACCAUCAUUACAUCAAAUCACAUGUUGCUAACUUUAGGCCAAGCAAUGAUGGCUUGAAAGCAGAUGUAUUAUUUAAAUUUAAGUUUCCAUCUAACAAAGCAGACACCUUGAAAGGACAAGCCGGUAACGUUUUGCACAAGAAGUUGAGAUCCACUCCCAGCUUCCUGAAAAUAGAUAAUUCAUUACCUUAUCUUAGAGAAAUGAAUGCAGUCCAAGCAGAGCAUAUUUUAAACAGCAAUUGUGGUGUAGGAAUGGAGUACCCGACCAUGGCAAGGAUUGCAGAUGGUCAAACUGCCAGCAAAGCCAACUGGCCAUGGCAAGCCAGCCUGCAGGUGGAGGGCAUUCAUUUCUGCGGGGCGUCUCUAAUCAGCGCCGAGUGGCUCCUCACUGCUGCUCACUGCUUUGACACCUACAAAAACCCCAAACUGUGGACGGUCAGUUUUGGGACCACCCUAAGCCCUCCACUGAUGAGAAGAAAGGUGCAGUCAGUCAUGGUGCAUGAGAACUAUGCUGCCCACAGACAUGAGGACGACAUUGCUGUGAUCAAACUCUCCACCCCCGUCCUGUUCUCUGAAGACGUACACAGGGUCUGCCUCCCAGAUGCUACUUUUAAGGUGUUGCCCAAGAGAAAAGUGUUCGUCACUGGAUGGGGAGCCUUAAAAGCGAGCGGUCCCUUUCCCAACUCUCUGCAGCAAGUAGAAGUAGAGGUCAUAAGUAAUGACGUGUGUAACCAGGUUCCGGUAUAUGGUGGUGCUGUUGCUUCGGGAAUGAUCUGUGCCGGAUUCUUGACAGGAAAGCGGGAUGCCUGUGAGGGGGACUCUGGAGGGCCUCUGGUUAUUGCAGAUGAUAGAAAUAUCUGGUAUCUCAUUGGAAUCGUCAGCUGGGGAAUAGACUGUGGCAAAGAAAACAAGCCUGGGAUUUAUACGAGAGUGACUCAUUACAGGGACUGGAUCAGAGCUAAAGCAGGCAUCUGA